UUGGCAGUGUGAAGUGAAAAAUAAAAAAAAAAAAUAUUUGUUUACGUUUCGUUAUAAAUAUACAUUUUUUAAUUAGCGCCACGACAACAUAAAAAUGGCUUGGAUAUCAGGCUUAGCGGAUAAAGCUGAAAAUAUUCUGAAUAAAUUGGAUCAAAAUGCCGCAAGUGCACUGCAAGUUACCGCAACAGUUGGUGGAGCUGGUGAUGGGGAUAGUAGUGAAAGUAAUGCAUUGGAAACGAUGCGACGCAGCUUGUCCAAUAGCAAAUUGUCUUUAAAGGCAGCAUUAUCGCCGGCCAAGGCUAAAAAUACUGGUAAUUAUUUUUUGAAUAGCGUUAAAAGUGGCAUGGACGACACUACUGGAACGCAUGCUGCCGGAUUGUCUGAUUCAGUAGGGUCUAAAGAAAAUAUGGAAUGGAGCAUUAACUCUGUGGUCUCGUCCCGUCGCAGUUCUAUUGAUUCGCGCCCAGAUGCUGUCACAAUCGAAGUGGGAGAUACGAGUCCAAAACGUGAUUUCCUUAAAAAGGUGGCUACUGAGGGAUCAUUACUGAUAACUCCUCUGGAAAAUCAAGAGUUGAUGGCUUUUAAAAUCGCCUUGAGCGAAGUGACCAGUGAGCGUGAUGAAUUACGGGCACGUAUUAUCGCAAUGAAUCGUGAUAAUGAGAAAAUAGCAUUGCUAAAAAGAAUCGAAGAGCUAGAGUCGCUUCUUCAACGUUUGACGGAUGAGCGCGAUCAGGCACAACAUGAGCUGAGCAACGCACGUAGCAAUAACAAUGAAUAUAUGCAUUCAAUUUCAGAGCUAGAAACCAAUUUAGCUAAAAUGCAACAGGAGUACUUAGAGACGUCGCAGAAAUUACAAAUGCAAUUAAAGGAAACGGAACUGCAGCGCAAGGAGCUACAAGCGUAUCGUGUCAAAGCCCAAUUGGCUUUACAAAUGAAAGACAAUCUAAUAACUGAAUUGAAAUCAAACGAUUUAUCUACAGGCAGUGCUGGAAGUAGCGAUGGCGAAACGGACUUACGUCUGCUGCAAAUGGAGUUUGAUGGCCUUAAACAGGAGCACCAGCAAACCUUAGAGGAAUGCAGUACACUGCGCGUGCAAUUAGAUGAUUUGUGGCGUGACUGGCAAUUAGUUAACGAACAAACUACCGAAAAUACGGCCAAUGCACGUGCUGCAGAAGAUGCAUUGCGAAAAGAGCUGCGUGCAGAGAGAGCACGUUUGCUUGCUGCGGAGUCGGAACAGCGUGUACAAGCCCAGGAGUUGGUAAAGUUGCGCCAGCAGCUAAGCAAUCAGAUGGCAGCAUCUGCAACGCGUCUGCAGGAAAAAGAGACACAAUUACAACAACUGCGUUCUGAGUUAUUGCGCCGCAAGGCAACCACACACACUGAAGAUGGCAUAGCUGCAGAUAGUUUAGAUGAGCGCAUUAAAGCGCUCACACAAACACUAGUAGACAAGCAGCAAACUGUAGAACGCAUCACAAGCGAGCGCAAUGCACUUCGUAUUCAAUUGGAGAAAAUGCAGGAUCAGCUGCAGCAACAAUAUGCAUUUAACAGUAGUCUGCACCAUGGUAAGGCAGUUUCGCGCAAUGCACUUCUCUCGAAUACCACUGAUGACGUUAAAGCACAGUUCCCACUACUGAUGCGAGAGAAUCCCUUCGACAAUCGCGUGGCGCGUCGUGUAAAGCGUGUCUACUCCUCACUCGAUUCAGCUGGCAUCCGUCUAGGCGCUUUUCUUCGUCGUUAUCCGCUUAUGCGUAUAUUUGUGCUUAUGUAUGUAGGUUUGUUGCACUUAUGGGUUAUCUUUGUACUGAUAUCGUCGUCACCGAACUGAAUGAAAUGAAAAUUUUAACAGUUUAUGCUUGCCGUUUCGAGGAGCUCUCACUUUUAUUAUAAUGUAAAAAACAAUUAAUUUAAUACUAUUUUUAAUCUAUUAGAGAAAUAUAUAUUAUAUGUACAUACAUGUGUAACUAUUCCGAUUUAAAGUCGCUAAAA